AUGGCCGUCUCUCAAGAAGACAUUGCUUAUGAGAUAUUUUCUUGGUUACCGGCAAAAACCAUUUGUAAAUUUGGAUUAACUUGCACUUCAUUCUCAAAUUUUCAAAAAGAAACUCAUUUCAAAACAAAACAGUCUUGUAAUUUGUUAGGGAUGAAUGAUACAUGUUUCUUCCUACAACAUGAUCAGAUAAGUCAAAGGUAUCAAAAAAGGAUUGAGUUGCACCACUUACCUAAAGAGCAGCAACAAUUGUCUGGUGUUCCUGAUAAUGUUCUCACAUUCCUAUCAAAUUCAGCUUGUGUCCUAGCUUCUAGUAAUGGUUUGCUUCUUUGUCAUACCAUCAAUGAUGAUCCAUUUGAAUUGUUUAUUUGCAAUCCUAUUACAAAGAGUUGCUUUUUCAUUCCUAUUCCAGAGUCAGUUAGAAAAAAUCAUAACAUUUCUAAUAUAAAUCUCAUGUUAGAUUGCACUCAUUGCUCUUCUGAUGACUAUUUGAUAUUUUAUUUUGAAAAUACAACCGAAUGGUCACCAACAAGUUAUACAUGCAAUAUUUAUUAUGGAAAAGAAGGUGCAUGGAAAGGAGUGGAAAACAACUUUUUAAGUGGUGGUAGGAACAUGAAAUUUGACACGCCGGUGAUACAUAAUGGAACACUUCAUUUUAUUUCGGAUUGUUCUAAUUACUUUACGAGAUUGAGUCCUUUCUAUAAGCCAUAUAUAAUGUCUUAUAGUUUUGUGGAAGGAAUUUCAAGUAUUCUGAAGUUGCCAAGGGAAGCUAUAAAAGGUUUUCAUGUCGAGUGCAACAUGGGCAUAUUUAAUUGGGGUAAGGUGAGAAGUUCCAAUACUUCUAUAUGUUUAGUGAAAUCAAGAAAGUCUGUUUUUACCAUUUGGAUUUUAAAAGAUUACAAGUCAUGUUCAUGGCAAAAGAUUUUAAAAGUGAGAGUGAAUGCAUUGGGGUUAGAAGAGAAAGAUGCUCAUGUUACUGGAUUUACUGUCAUGAACGGCAAUAUUUUAGUUUUUUCUACGAAACACAAGAUUUAUAGUUGUGGUUUGGAUGAAGAAACAUUCAUGAUGGUUGAGGAAAUAGGCUCACACAGUUGUGGAUCGAAUCCUCACUUUAUUUCUUACUCAAACACUCUUCGUUCGUGUGGGGCUAAUGAUAAAACCAUGUCUUGCUAG